UGGCGCUCUUACGCUAGUGAAUGGUCAAAACGCGACAGAGUCGCACUAGUUCGAUGCUUAGCAUUCCACAAAUAGUGCUGAACCUUCCCUCAUACGAUAAAUGAGCUGACCCAAGAGUCGUUUGCCGCCAAAGAAUCCCGGAAAACACAGUUUGCGUGAGUGAAUUAGUGGCUGUUGUGAAAUCCAGCAACAAUUGCUCACUGCACUUAAGCGACACGACUGGUUGCGUUUUGGAGCUCAAUCCCUGCAGUGGCAGUAGAGUGCAACGGGCUUGUCUAAACAGCCACAAGUGCUGCAAUGGCGAACCGUAAUGUGACGAAAUGGAGCCCUCGGGUGGCGCAAAACGCAGGCGCUGGAGCCAUGGCAGGUGGGGUCGUGAGCCUUUGCUUGCAUCCUGUUGAUACUUUGAAGACGCUCGUGCAAGCGCGAGCUGGUGGCAACCGCAAACUCCUUCCCAUUAUGUCCGCUGUUAUCUCUGAAAGAGGUUUGGGAGGUUUGUACCGAGGUCUUGGAAGCAAUUUGAUUGCGUCGGCUCCAAUCUCAGCUAUCUACACGCUCACUUAUGAAACCGUCAAAGCUGGUCUCCUCCGCCACAUUCCAGAGGAUAUGUCCGCACUGGCGCAUUGCGUUGCUGGGGGAUGUGCAAGUGUGGCCACCUCCUUCGUGUACACACCGAGUGACUUUGUGAAACAGCGGAUGCAAGUGCACGGGUUGUAUACAAAUAGCUGGCAAGCGCUCACUUCGAUAGUGCAACAGGGAGGGUUGCCGACGCUGUACAAGGGUUGGGGAGCAGUGCUUUGUCGCAAUGUACCGCAAUCUGUGGUCAAGUUCUACACAUAUGAGGGGCUGAAGCGCUGGAUUCAACGAGACCAGCCUCGUGACACCCCUUUGAGCACACCACAAGCGCUGGUUGUCGGCGGUGCUGCUGGGUCGACUGCUGCUUUAUUCAGUACUCCUUUCGAUGUUGUCAAGACUCGGCUGCAAACGCAGAUCCCUGGGACAGCUCAGCAAUACACUGGGGUUAUUCACGCUUUCCAGAGCAUUGUCACUACAGAGGGUGUAGCUGGAUUGUACCGGGGACUAGUACCGCGGAUAUUGAUAUACAUCACCCAGGGGGCACUUUUUUUCGCUUCAUAUGAGUUUAUCAAGCGCGUCCUAGCAGUGAAAGUUCCGGGGCUUCCAGUGAAGACACCUCGGAUGGAAGAGUACAAACGGCAGGUGGUACCCAUUCCAACGAAGUGCAGGUGAAACGGAGCAUACAUCGUACAUGCAGUAAUUAAUGAUGUUAUUAUUAUGCAAAGCAAGGCAUGUCGAAGAGAAGCACAAGAGUUUGAGAGUGCUGGAGACAAGGAGGUUGGCAGAUGAAGAGGUACCUCUGCAUGAGAGUGGUAUUUAUUGAGUCCAUGCGUCCAGAGGCAGGAUUUGUGGAGGACCUUGACAGAACAAAGACAAUUGCAAAUGGGUCCGAUCAGACUCCCUUCUAGCUAACCACAUUGCAACUGCGAGUACCAUUGUGACUUUCUAUUGAUGUGUAAAGGGAAAUAUCUCACACAGGAUUAUGAAUGGAUACCAGGCGGACCAUGCUUUUUUGACAACGAGACUGAGGGUUUUGCUUUGAAGAUAGGUGGGAUGGUAUGUUGGAAUGUAGGUACUUAGUUAGUAUGAGAAGGUAGUGUAUUCUAAUUAGCUUGGGUGCAAUUCAUUACAGAUUUAUUCAUUAAGUAUAGAACAUUUUCUUUAAUACUUGAUAGAAGUUGACUACUUCACAGUGAGGUGGAUAAAAUAGGCACACCUAUUUAACAAAUGAAAGUAAAGGUACUUCACAGUGAGAUGGAUAAAAUAGGCACACCUAUUUAACAAAUGAAAGUAAAGGUAUUCAUUUAUGCUUAUAUGAUCUAUUAAUAGACUUCUUCUGAUCCAUUUUCUUAA